CCAUCACAAGUCCGACUCCUUGUCCGAGGCCAAGCUAAAGCUCUGCAAGCAAUGAUACCAAGCCAGAUGAGUUCUAGAACUUCGUUGGAAUCUCGAAUGGCCCGGGAGUACCGGUGUCCGCCCGGCCUCGAGUACCUGACCUGCAUCGACCAAGUGCUGAUUCACCAACAAGUGCACCUUUUGGAAGCAUUUACUGGCUUUGAACGCGCGAACACCUACGUGGCCAGAAACACCAUCGGGCAGUUCGUGUACUUCAUGGCUGAAGAAAGUGGAUGCUGCGCAAGGAAUUUCUUGGGCAAUUGCCGUUGCUUCGAAAUGAUAGUUCUCGACUACCGAAAAGUGCAAGUCAUGCGCUUCGUCCGACCGCUGAGGUGCUGCAGCUGCAUCUGCUUCUGCUGUUUGCAGGCGAGUCAUAGUCUGCUCUAA